ACUGCUGCUAAUCACACUAUCCAUCACCCAUGCCGAAGCUCAAGUCUGCCCUGGCGAAUCAUCAAGCUCAUCAAGCUAGGUUGAACGCUCAGGCGAAAUCCAGCCAGGUCAACCAUGAUAAAGAGAGAUCGAUCAAGUAUGGGAAAAGCAAGAAGGCGAAGACCAAAGUCGGAGGAGGAGUAGGGCAGAAGGCAACGACGUAUGGAGAUACGGGGCAAAUUGGACAGAUGGCCGGACCUUCUGGAUCAAUUCAUGGGAUUAACCCCACGUCGCUGACGAAGGGCAAAGGCAAAGCUCGAGCUCCUACGAAUCCAAUCGAUAAGGACGAUACGGUGCUUCUACUGGGCGAAGCAAACUUUUCAUUCGCACUCUCUCUUGUCUCUUCGCCUCAUUCUCAUCCUCCCACUUUGGUCUGCGCAACAUCCUACGAUUCGGAAAAGACAUGUUAUCAGAAGUACCCUGAUGCUGCGGGUCACGUGGACAAAUUACGAGCGCUGGGUGUCAAUGUUGGCUUUGAUGUGGAUGCGGGGGCCUUGGAGAAAAGUAAAAGUGUGGUGGGUAAAGGCAGGCGAUGGUCAAGGAUCAUCUUCAAUUUCCCUCAUGUUGGUGCCGGGAUCACCGAUCAAGAUCGAAAUAUUCUAUCCAAUCAACAUUUACUUCUUCGUACAUUUAGAUCGGUCGCUCCGUUUCUAUCCAAAGGUCCAAGCAAAUUCCCCUUGGUCAAUGAACAAAGAAUGAAGAAACGCAAGCGUACACAGGCAGAAGACGAUGUGAGCGAUGUAGAGGGAACCAUCGAAGACGUCUCCGAGAAUGAGAAUGAGAAUGAGGACGCACAUGACGAUCCGAGCGAUGGUCAGGAACCGUCAAGUCUUCCGCGCACCACUGCUCGCACUAUCCCUUUCACAACUCCAAAGAAACAAGGUACCAUCCUCAUUACCGUCCUCAAUCAACCGCCUUAUACCCUUUGGAACCUUUCCAAACUGGGUACCAAGCCGCCUCCGUUGUGCCCUGGGACUACUCUCCCUCAACCGCGAUAUACCCUCCUGAGAUCGUUCGCGUUCGCACCAGAGCUAUGGAGAGGGUACGAACACCGUCGGACAUUGGGGUUCAAAGAGGGUUUAAGCAAGAGAGAGAAUAUGGAGAUCAUCGGGCGGAAGGGAGAAGCUAGGACUUGGGAAUUUGCGUUAAAGGCGGACGAAGGGGAGGAAAUAAACUAGCUAAGGGGGCGGUGUGCUAGGUAUCAGCAACGCUGCUCUUGGGUUGGCAGUGUGUUGAAGGACUUGUAUCUUCCGGUCUAGCUGUACAUAUAG